UCCUCAGCCCCGGGGAGGCCUGGCCUGGGUUUGGGGCAGGGCCCGGGAGGCCACACUGUCACCCCUCGUGGGGUUGUCCAUCCGCCCGGGGCGGUCGGAGCUGCUGCCGGACGGGAUGGGCCUCGUCCAGCCCGAGCGCAGGGGGACAGGUAGCGGGCGGCGGGUCCCCCGCCAUGGCUGCCGCUGCCGGGGGGCCGCGGGUCUCGCCGCGCUGGUGCCCGGGCUGGCCCUCGGGCACCGGCUCCGUCUCCCCUUUCUGCGGGCCGGGGCCACGGCGCUCCCUACCUCUCCCGCGCCGUUCCAUCCUGCCCCGUGCCGUGGUGUCCGUUGGAGUGCUCUGGGGGCUCUGGCGGCGCUGAUGCACCGCGCUACGAGUUCCCUGUGCUCAAACAGAGAAGGCAGCGCGGGGCACACUGUCCGGAGCAUCGCCCGUGCCCCGCGGCCAGGCACGGCUUCGCGAGAGGUGGCAACCGAGAGGGUGUGGGAGGGCAGGAGGUCCUGCGAGCCCCUGGCCGUUCUGGGUCAGUUGUCCCCCUGCAGCAGCUGCGUAUCUGGCACAGGGGCACAUCGCGGUCACCUCGUCUGCAACGUUCUUGGAUCUCUGCAAACGGCUCCGGCGGGCGCGUUGCUGGGAAGGUCAGCCCUGUCUCACAGAUCCCGUACCUGCUGCUUCGCAGGAGCCAGGCCUCCAGGCCCCUCCUGUAGCAUUCAGCUUCACCGCUCCUUCUUCAGCCCAGCAGGAAAAUGUCAGCCCAAACAAGCAGCAGCCUGCCAAGAGAUUUUUAACCCCUUCUAUGGCCAUCCAUUGAAGGAACACCAUGUGUCACUGGGCAAAUUGUUCCCCUAUCCUGCAGCAAGACCUCUGUCCUACACACGGGAGGCUGCUGACAGCAAGGGGGUUCCCUCCCCAAAGCCAGGUCACAGCGGGACUGCUCCUGGAGCAGGCUGGAAGAUCCCCAUCCCCAUCCCCUGCACUGAUCCUGAUGGGAGACAGCUGGGCAUCGAGGGGCCAGUGACCCAAGCGAGUGCUGACCCCAAGGGGCGCAGGCCUGGCGGGGCUGUGGAUGCCACGGAGGGAGCUUGGUCUUCAGGCUACACACACCCCCUGGCUGCAGGAUGGUCUUCGCCAGCUAAUUGCACCAGAGAAGCCUGGAGGCAGCGCCCACUUGGCACCUGGCCAUGAUGCCAUCGGCCUGUCCUUGUUUUUAUCUUGAAGUG